GCCAGUCACGAAAGAGAGUGCCCGGAAGGGGCUGGAGAUAGGGUUUAGCGUGUGUGCGACCCUGCUAGGUUGGUGAGGGACGCUGCAGGCGGUGAGAUGUCCUUGACCGGCCUUCUCCGCGGCCUCACCACGCCCCUCAGUCGUGGCCUGGCCCUAGGUCCCCAGCUCUGGGCCACACGUUCCAUGGCCACCCUGAACCAGAUGCACCGCUUAGGCCGCCCGAAGGAACCCCCUAAACGUCUGGGUCCCACAGAGGGCCGGCCCCAGCUGAAGGGUGUGGUGUUACGCACAUUCAUCAGAAAGCCGAAGAAGCCCAACUCCGCCAACCGCAAGUGCUGCCGAGUGCGCCUCAGCACAGGCAGAGAGGCUGUCUGCUUCAUCCCCGGGGAGGGCCACACCCUGCAGGAGCACCAUGUGGUCCUCGUGGAGGGCGGUCGGACCCAAGACCUGCCUGGGGUUAAACUCAAAGUUGUGAGGGGCAAGUAUGACUGUGGCCACGUGCAAAAGAAGUGACCGUGAUUGACAGUGGCCAGUCACUGGGUCCCCGGAAACCGCUUCUUGCUCUAGGGACUCUUGCUCUUGGACUCAAAUCUUGCUCCGACUCAUCAAGACUGCUAUAAAUCUGCCAGAGUUCUGGAGGUGAACUGGAAGGAAGCGCCGCCCUUCUGCCCACCUCCUUGCAAGCUCAUUGCUGGGUGGGAGUUGAAUAAACACCUGCAGUUUGUGGUGUCGCCCUUCA